AUGUGGCCCCGAUCCUACGACCACGUCUCUGAGGAGACCAGGCAGACGGUCCAGCUUUUCAUCGCCCGAGCGGGCGGCUUCUUGCAGGGCAGGGGACGGUCCGACGACAAUGUCAAUGCCACCGUGGCCAAGGUCAUGAAAAACGCAAACAGAGAGGUUUUAGAAACUGCGGUUGCAGCCUGGAAGCGGAGCCGCCAGCUAUGUACGGCUGAGCAACUGGUUCAGAGGUUCGCAGGGCGGGUUUGGAAGGUUGUGGUGAGUGGAGAGGCGGUUGGGGUCACCGAGGCAGAGGCACGAGGAAUCUGUCAGCUCAAAGAGCAGACGCCCACCUGGGCCAGGAACAACCCAUUCACAUCUUUCAUCCAGCCUGUCGAACACAUGAACUGGCCGGGCGCACCCCUGACUGCCGAUCAGUUCAGGCUCAUGGACGCGGGGCUCAUGGAGACGAUCUGGGAGACCAGGAUCUACCGCGGGGACAACAAAUUUCACGAGGCCGGGCCCUUCGCGGUGGUGAUCCCCAAGGACAAGGCGUGGCUGGUUCUCGGGGAAGACUUCGAGCUGGUACGGACGGCGAUCCUGAGUCGCUGGUGGCCCCUCAGGUUGUAUACCUGUGAUCUCGGCCACAACUUGCUGGUCGGCCUAUGGGUUCCAAAGCCCCAAUUUCUGGGACAACCAGACUCGCAGGAGAUGGUGCGCUGCAUGAUUGAGGAGCUCUUCAAUAUUCUGAGGCACUGGGAGUUCCAGGUUCAGGGCACGGGAAUGCAGUCCCUCGUGGCUUGCCUGGCUGGCUAUCUUGUGGAAGUCGGGGCACUAUGA